ACCGUUUUCUCUCUCUUUACCGAACAGAACUCUCACGCACCGCUUGUAUAUAUAGAGAGAGCUACACUGCAACAGCCAGGACUGCAUGUACGAACCUAUCUUUCCUCACAAAAACCCCCUUUUUGUCUUUUGUCUUCUUCACAAACAAGGGUUUCGGUGCUAAUGGAGUGCUCUGUAAAUGCAGAAAUUGGGCUAAAAAUGGUGGGGAGCGACGGAGGUGUGUUUGUCAAGGAAGAGCCUCUGAUAAUUCUCGACGGAGACGAGAAUCUCGGGAGUGGUUUUGAUGGCGGCGCAGCGGCGGUGCCGAUGGAAGGGCUGAGAGAAAACAACGCACCGCCGCCGUUUCUGAAGAAGACGUUCGAGAUGGUGGACGAUCACCACACGGACGCCGUGAUUUCGUGGAGCUCGACGAGGCUGAGCUUCGUCGUGUGGGACCCACACAAAUUCUCCACCGAUUUGCUGCCUAAGCACUUCAAGCACAACAAUUUCUCCAGCUUCGUCCGCCAGCUCAACACCUAUGGUUUCAGGAAAAUCGACGCGGAUAGAUGGGAAUUCGCGAACGAAGGGUUUCAGCAGGGGAAGAAGCAUCUACUGAAGAACAUAAAAAGGAGAAAGCACAAUCACCAAUCUUGCCACCUGGAGUAUUCCACGAAGCACGGUUUUGAAGCAGAGCUCGAAAAACUAAGGACCGAGCAGAGAACACUGAGAACCGAGGUCGCGAAACUCAGGCAGCAGCAAGAGACCACAAUGGACCAUCUGGCUGCAGUGAAAGAGCGCCUCCGCAUGCACGAGACGAGGCAGAACCACAUGGCUGUUUUCGUCGUAAAUUCGUUGAGGGACCCGGCUUUUUUCCAGUGCUUUGUGGAUAAAUUGAAGAAGAGGGAAAGGGUGUCGGGCGGUGGUGGAAUCUUGAAGAAGAGGAGGCUCGAAGUGGAUUCGACGAGAACCGUAGAUAGUGGAGAGAUUGUUGAUGUGAGUGUUGUUGAUGACGAUGAUGAAUGUAAGAGGCUCCGAGUUUCUUCUGAUGAAUCGGGGGGCAGCCGUUUGAUGGAAAUGAAGGUGGACACGGCCUCGGAGACAAAUAGUGUGUCUUCGGAGAAUUUUGUGUUGUGGGAGAAAUUGAUGGAAGACGACAUGAUUUACGAGGAUGAUCAAGAGACCAAGGAACAAUACGAUAUCGUUUCGGAAUUGGAGGACUUGAUCUCGAAGCCCAUGAGAAAUAUUGUGGGACCGCUUGGUUGAUCGAUAUCAACACAUGGGGGUGGAAAUGGAAAUGGGAAAUGCAUUAGGCUUUUCUUUUGUUAGUUAUUAUUAGAGAAAAAUAGAAUCGAGAAUCGAAGGAGGGCAAGUGUUCGUUGGUAGAAGUGCCUGUUGUUUUUAUUUUUUUCAUAGUCAGUGCGCAUAUACUUGUCUUAAAUCUUUUUCCUAGUUAUUUGUUCCUCAUGUUUCCUUGUGUUAUGCUAGAUUUUCAGUUUGCUUAUUAAAUGACUUGUAAGGAAUGUUUAUUAGACUUGUUGAGAGGUUUGGUACAAAUGAAUUAGUUGAAGUUUGUUUAUCUUCAUUUAAAUGGGGAGUUAGCCAUGCUGUAAAGUCUGUGUUGUUAGCCCAAGAAUCAAUAUGACAACAAGCGGCUGCGGUCUGUCCGUGCGGACAGCGCAACCUGUACUUACGUUUCCAUUUUUUA